CUGCGCGAGGCACCGGGAGGCCGAGCCCGGGUCGCACCGCCCCCAGCCUCGGGGCAGAGAGCCAAGAGUUCGAGGCCUCUCUGAUCCGGAUAUGAUGAAAAGGCGCCACAGAGCGGGAAGCGUUUCUGGAGUGCAGGAGUGGUGGAAGGGGGAAAGAGAGGCAGAGGGGCCAGAGUCCCAUCGGAGGGGAACCGGCCGGGCUGAGCUGACGGGAGAGAGGGGGCGGAGAGCACGGAGCCAGAGGAGCGGCUGCCGCCGUCGCCGCCACUGAGGUGUCUGCUGAGCGGGACGCAGGCUGGGAGGGACACCCAGAGGCGGCUGCCGCCGUCCAGCCGCCGCGACCUGCGGCCCCUGCCGGAGCCUCGCUAACUUUCCGAGGCGGAAGAGGAGGAGGAGGAGGAGAGGGCUUUGAGUGUGUUGGGGGAUGCCGAGAAGCAUUCAGUUCCCUGCACCCAACACCUCCCAGCCCCUGGUGCAUCGACCCCGAAAGGCGGCGAGCUAGGCGGAGGCGCGGCGCGGGCUCAGCGGAGCGGCCCAUGUCCGGCGCAGGGGAAGCCCUGGCUCCCGGGCCCCAGCGCGGGGCUGAGGCUGGCGGUGGCCGGCUGGGCGCCCCAGCCCAGGAAAAAUGCGAUAAAGAAAAUACUGAGAGAGAGAUAACUCAAGCUACUGAUAGCUGCUUCACACAUGGAGAGAUGCAAGACCAGUCCAUUUGGGGAAAUUGUUCGGAUGAUGAACUCAUCAGAACCCAACCUCAGCGCUUGCCUCAGCUUCAAACUGCAGCACAGGAAAGUGAGGAGGAAAUAAGCAAGAUAAAGAAUGGCCACCCAAGUCUGAGCAAUGGCAAUGGAAUCCACCACGGGGCCAAACAUGUAUCUGCAGAGAAUCGAAGACUUUCAGCACCCGUUUCUCAAAAAAUGCAUAGAAAAAUUCACUCCAGCUUGUCUGUAAACAGUGACAUCAGUAAGAAGAGUAAAGUAAAUGCUGUCUUUUCCCAAAAGACAGGCUCUUCACCUGAAGACUGCUGUGUCCACUGUAUCCUGGCCUGCCUGUUCUGUGAAUUCCUGACCCUCUGCAAUAUUGUCCUGGGACAAGCUUCGUGUGGCAUCUGCACCUCAGAAGCCUGCUGCUGUUGCUGUGGAGAUGAAAUGGGAGAUGACUGUAACUGCCCUUGUGACAUGGACUGUGGCAUCAUGGAUGCCUGUUGUGAAUCAUCAGACUGCCUGGAAAUCUGUAUGGAGUGCUGUGGGAUUUGUUUUCCUUCAUAAAUAUUUAUCUUCUGUUUGCGCUAAAACUGGAGAGUAUUUUAAGUUUUUUCUUUUGAGGGGAAAGAAAAGCACGUGGUAAAAUUCUCAUCAAACUACCCAGUACUUGCACUGUUAACUCGUUAUUUUAGGUAAUCUCUGAAAGCCUUUUUUUCUCCCUCUAACCAAAUCCACAUGGUUUAAUAUGUGAAAUGUUAACUACUUUUACACUUGUUAAUAGGUUGCAGUGACUGAGGGACAUUUUGGCCAAAAACAGAAAAAAAGAAGAAAAAACAACCAAAAUGUCUCCUCCUUUUUAUACUUAUCUCUCUCUGUUUCUUUUAACCAGUCUUAGGAGCCCCUUGCUCCAGAUGUAUUCUUUGUUGGUGGUUAUUUAAAUCAGACAACUUAUUGUUAAUGUUUUUACAGUGGUUACAGUAAGAUUCCUUAGAGUAGACUUUGGGGAACACGCCCACACAAGCACUGGGCACCUCAGGCCUGUGUCCACGCUCUGCUGGUUCACAGACGCGGAGCACCUGCCUUGUGUGACCUGCUGCAGCGCCGAGACAGAUGGCGUUCAGCUGCCAUCCAGAGAAGCAGAGGGAAGUUUAGGCAGAGAGACCUGUAAAGAAUAAGCCAGCCCACAGGCAUAUCAAAGUCAUGACUAUGAGAGAGAAACUCAAAAGGCUGUAGGGAUACACACAGAAAGGAAGAGCUAACGUCUAUGGGAAUAUUCAGAGGGCUUCGAGGAGAAUGUGGCAUUUGAAGGAGGCCUCUUGGGAUGAGUGAUUCAUCUGCUGCUUGAAUGAAUUAGCUUUAGGACCAAGUUUUAGGUGACCAACCUGAGCUGACUGUGCCCUUGAGCAGUUACAAGAAAAAUGCCUCAUGUAUGUAUUUUCUUUAGUUGUGGCAAUACAUCUUUCUUUAAAAACUAUAAAAUUUAAGUUAACUAAAAAUAAGCAUUUUUUUACAUAAUUUAGAGGUUAUGAUAAAGUUUUGAUAAAAACAAAGCUUUAUUAAAAUACCUAUAUUUUAUAAAGAAUGUGGAGCACUUUUGAAAAGUUGCACUUAAAUUAGGAAAAUUUUUAUAUUAAAAUCUCAGCAUUUUGAUUUUUAUUUAUUCAAAUGCUUUUCUUUUGAGAGCUUUAAGUAUUUCACAAGGGGAAGGGUUAUUUGGUUAAGAAGCAAACCCCCCAAUAUUUGUAAGCACAGUUAACUUUAAAUACAGAUUAUUCCUUCCAGUGCAGUGGGAAUCUUGACAUCCAUUACUAUGACCAAAUUUCAGUAUUGCAAUUUUACAUUAAAUCCAAAUGGUGGGUUAUAAAGAUCCUUAAGUGUAAAGAAAUAAGUAAGACUUAUUAAGUUACUUAUUAAGACUUAGUAAGUUACUAAGACAUAGAGACUUUGUGUGGUACAGAUGAAAAGAAGAGUAAAUUUUCCUACUACAUGCUCUUCUGCUAAGCUUGAUGUCCCCAACUUGUAGUUUGGUUUGAUUUAAUGUAAUACCUUGUAGAAAUUUUGAAAGUAUAUCUUUGGAUGAAUAGUUAUUUUUUAUUAUUCCAAUUGAAUAUCAAAUUGAUAGUAAAAACAAAUGCAUAUUUUUAGGAAGCCUUUUAGCAAAUGUAGGCUUUUAAGAUUUUAAAACCUAAAGCAUGGGUAUGUCACCAAGAAUUUUUCCUUUGAGAUGAAACCUAGUUUCCACUUAUAUCAUUACUUAAAAGGCUUAAAAAAGAAAAAAAAAUAGCAAACUCUUGAAUCCCCCUUUUAGUGCUCUUUACACACACACACACACUUAAAUUGUCAGGCGUAAAUAGAAUUCUAGUAAACAGCUGUCUAUCUCUUCCUGGCCUAAAGAGCAUUUUUGAUGUAACAAAUGAAAUAUGAGAACCUCUUUCUACUAUUUCUUAGUAACCAGAAUCUGAAUAUUUACAUAUAUCCAAAGUUAACAUGUAUAUAUAUUAGGAUGUAAGAGUAUCAACUUUAUAUUGAUAUAUAAAACCUUCUAAUGACCUGGAAUCAUUAAAAUAGUAUAUCUGUUAUACUGCAAAAAUUUUAUGCCAAACCAUUAGUCUAAUAUUUAAGUGUAUCCUGCUAUUUACAAUGAUGAUGUUAGCACUUUUAAAAUAAUGUUUCUCUGUAACAGAGAGCAUUAAUUGAUAGAAUUUUAAUCUCAUAUUUAUAUUCAUAGUACUUUUCCUCUAUUGUCUAUUCUGCAGUCAUACCACAAAGUACCUUGUAUGAUUUUUUAAAAUAAAUGAAAAAAACAAAAGUAGCAAAUGUGAAAAUAUUUUCAAUAUGUAUUUUAGAAUUUCUGUAUGUAAAAUAUUUUGUUGAAUUAUAUGGCUAUCAUAAGUGCUCUAGUUUACAGUUACAGAUUUGGUCUCGCUUUAAAUGUGGAAACGUAAUCUUAAAUAUUUUUAAACUGGACCUGUAUUAUCCUGAAUAUACUAUUUUGAAAUAAAAAAAUGAUUAAUCUAAUUGAUGGAUCAACAUUUAAAUGAAUUCAACUAUAAUUUAAAAGCUUAGGAUUUUCUUUUCUUGUUACAUCCUUCUCUGAAAGAUUUCUUAGUCUCCUAUGUAAAUCACAUGACUCAUGCCCAUAAAUGAACUAUGAAAGAUUCAGAUCAGUUUAUACUGCAAAUCAUAGUUGACAAAUGAUUUCAAAACAUGGUAAAACAUGGUUUUCUGUUAAAACUUCACAGUAGAGCAAAAUUCACAUUUUUCACAUUUGUUUUUUUAGUAAAUUGCUUUUACUUAUUUGCUUUGGAAUUAUCUCCCAACUUAUUAAAAAACUGUGGUAAAUAUAUAUAUAUAUAUAUAUAUAUAUAUAUGCUGGAAUUAAACACAAAAGAUCUAUGGAAUUGGGUAUUAAUUUUAAUGAAUUUCACACAAAAGAAGUACUUUCAACUAGGGUUUUUAGUGGCACAAUUUGUUAGUAGUAGGAAAUGUUUUGUUAUUAGUAUUUAACCCCUUGAAUCACUUUAUUUAGGAGAAGACAUUUUACUUAGGAGUAUAAUAAUUUUAUUUUUUGUGUUCUUACAGUAUAUUGACUAUAUCCAUUUCCCUCACCUGAAAUAGCCAGUGUUUCUCUGAACAGUUCACGGAGUAACCAAGGCAACCUUAUGUAAUAACUUUUCAUUCUUCAUCUAUACAAACUCUUAUCAGUGCCCUAGAUUCUAAUGUUAUAAACGUCAAAGUCACUGCCUAACAUAAAUAAGAUUCGAGUCCAGAGUCUCUGUGGCUUGCCUUCUUGAAUUCCAGUUUCAAUGCCUAGAUUUACCCAACCAUCUAAUGAAUGUUUAUUUAUUAAUAAGAUUAUUUUUCAUACUAUUCAAGACCUUUAUGCCCUUUCCAAUUACGUGUGAUUUGUAGGCCUGUAGGUUUAUUACAUCUAAUCUGACAGGCAAGAUAAAAUUUCAUCAGACACUAUAAUAUCCAUUUUUCUCUUAUUUUAAUACUAAUAUAGAAAAGCAUACCAUUUCUGUUUUAAAUGACAGUUAAUAUAGGGAUAGGGCUUAUUCUACACUUACUAUUCAUAUUUUAAAAUUGAGGCUUGGGUACUACAAUGCAUUCUUUUUAACCCUUCAUCUCUAUGUCCUGUAUAAUCAAUAAAUUUAUGUGACUGUUUUCUUUAAGUCCCUCAAGGGAAUCAGAAAACCCUCAGGAUGUUUCAACCUUCGGGAGACGUUUGCCACUUCCCAUGAGAAAACUGUUACUGAGGCUACGAAUAUUUACUUGUUCAUUUCAGAUUACUUUUAGUGAUUAUGGUUAAAAUGGGAGGGGUUGAUGCUGACCUAACGUGGACGGGUGGUUUUCGCAAAAGUCAUCACUGGUGACUAAAUCCGCCAUGUAUUUUCACAUUGCAGAAUUCCCAAUGAACACUGACUGCCCUCUCUAAAGGCCUGUGAAUGAGUAUCAUCCAAAUGACCAAAUUUUAAUCAAAUUCAACAGGCAGUCUGGAGGUGAACAGGAUUCUAAGCAAAGCCACAUCAAAGCCUCAACUAGAAAGAAUUUCUAUCUAGGCAAGCAGAAAUCUGCACCAUCUCACUCUUCGUCACACUGGGACAGCUGGGUGACAUUCUCCACCUGGGCAGUAACUACAGCCCCUGAGCUGCCAAGAGAGUCAGACACAACUGAACAACUAAACCACCACCACCACAAGCAGCCAAAUGUCAAAAUGAGUAGUUCCUUGCCUUCCUACAGAACUGCCUCCACUAGCUGUAGUUCUGUUUGUCCAUUAUUUAUGCCCUUGAUCCCUCCUCACCUUCACCCUUGCUAAAAGAGAAUCUCAAAUUUAUUUGUGAGGUGACUGUGAAGAAUUCAAUUUAGCUAACCAUACCUCAACAUAUUACCAACAGAGGGUAUAGAUAUAUCUGUUAAAGAUGAAGUAUAGCUCUGCAAUUAAGUGUUCACUUUCAGGCAGGUCUUUGAGGUUCAGUGGAGAAUGUAAUUAUUAGGAAAACAGUGAAAAGCAAAUUCACACAAAUUCUCAGUUUGGCUUGAAAAACUGAAAAGGUUCUUGAGUUCUGUCUGAUGCAUAAAGGGGUAGAAGCAAAGGAAUUACAUUCCAAAGCCAAGAAAGAGGGUGUACAAAAGCAGCUGAUCCACUUGACAUAGUUCAUAGCCUUUUGCAAAGGAAUAAAAGCCCGUUGAGCAGGGAACCAAAAGAUCUCAUUAUAGGAUGAAGCCAGGCCAUAUUAAAGCUUGUGCACUAGUAACUAUGUCUAAAAACAGCCUGCUGUUUUAUAUUGAACCAAUACAUUCUUAACUUGGUAGGUUGCAGUGUAAAGAUGUACAGAGCCUGUCUGCUGGAUGCUAUGCCAAUUACAGAUGUGACGGAGUGGUGUCAAACACCUACAAAUAGUUAGGAUCUCAAGCAAUCUUCGAGUGAAACAAAGGAAGUUUUAAAAUGUCAUCUCAAAACCUGGGUAGCACAGUUCAUCAUGUGUGUCUGACUCUCAGAGUCUCAAGAUCACCUUUAUUAUAUAAUUUAAUGUGGACCUCAUAUGAUCCCUCAAUCAGAAUGCACAAUUCUUUCAAGGACAUGAAUAGUGCCUGAGAGAGAAGGAGAAUAUCUUUUAAAAGUAACACCUUCAGAUGACAAGGCAUCUGUGAUCAGCUCUGCAGGAACUACGUUUUAUUGGUGUUGAGGUGAAGGAGGAGGGAAAUGCCCAUGAAUACAUAUUAGACUUUGUUAGAUCAUCAGAAAGAAUAAUUGGGCAUAUUUAUACAAUUACAUUUUUAGUAAACUAUUAUGCCAGCUUAACGAUAAUACAUAUUCUGGUAAAAAGUACAUUAAAUGGCAAUCCUAAAGCAAUUUGGCUGCUGAGGAUGUCAUUUUUUUUUUUUAUCUAAUUAUUCACAAAUUAAUGAAUAAAAUUAAAUUCCAAUCACUGAAGAAAAUGGAGCAAUGGUGAGAAUCAGAACUGCAGAUUAGUUAAAGCAAAGAUAUGCAAUGCAUAACAGAAUUAAAGCAUUUCUUUUAUUCAAACUCAGUGCUUAAAAAAGAACAAAUCCAUCAUCUUGAAAUUUGACUUGUAGCUUGACAUUAAAAAUAAUAUGAGUAGAAUUUUCAGUGGGGUAAGCACAAAACUAGUUCAAGUCGUGUCACUCUCGAUUACUGUACUCAGGUGGUGUGCCCAUUAAAAUUCCCACUUGUGGGCUCCGCUCACUAUGCAAAUGGGGUCAUUACCUGGAGAAUUUAAUUGGUUAUGACACUGGGAGUAGGACUUUUCCUUUCAAAAUAAACCUACUUACACACAUUUUCACUAGAAAUUUGAUUGUUAUAUAUAUUUCGGAUUGUUUUGCUCAAUAAAUAUUUACUGAAAUUGGA